GACAGUAUUUAUUGGGCACACCUACUCUGACUGAGGCAUUUUGGACUUGCUAGGACAGUGAUAAGGGCCUUGGGUACAAAAUGCUCCUGAUUCUGGUGUAGCUCCAUGGCGAGUCAGAACACUGAACAGGAAUAUGAAGCCAAGCUGGCCCCAUCUGUUGGUGGAGAGCCAACAAGCGGGGGCCCAUCUAGUUCUUCACCUGAUCCAAAUCCAGAUUCCAGCGAGGUUUUGGACAGGCACGAGGACCAAGCCAUGAGCCAAGAUCCAGGCUCCCAAGAUAACUCACCACCAGAAGACCGAAACCAACGCGUGGCCAACGUGGAAGACAACCACAACCUUUUUAGGCUUUCCUUCCCAAGAAAGCUUUGGAUGAUUGUGGAGGAAGACACAUUCAAGUCUGUGAGCUGGAAUGAUGACGGAGACGCCGUGAUCAUCGAGAAGGAUCUCUUCCAGAGGGAGGUUCUUCAACGGAGAGGUGCAGAGAAGAUCUUCGAAACAGACAGCUUGAAGAGUAUCAUUCGCCAGCUGAACCUCUAUGGAUUCUGCAAAAUACGCUCAAGCAACUCUCCAGGAAACAAGAAAAUGAUGAUCUACCGCAACUCCAAUUUUCAGAGAGACAAGCCCAGGCUCCUGGAGAAUAUCCAGAGAAAUCACCGCAGAAACACCGCUCAGCAAGCGACCCGUGUCCCAACUCCAAAGAGAAAGAAGCUGGUAGCUACAAGACGCUCCCUACGUAUCUAUCACAUCAAUGCCAGGAAAGAAGCAAUCAAAAUGUGUCAGCAGGGAGCCCCCAGUGUUCAGGGACCCAGUGGCACCCAGUCCUUCAGGCGCUCUGGCAUGUGGUGGUCCAAGAAGAGUGCCACUAGGCAUCCCCUGGGAAAUGGGUCCCCUCAGGAACCAAAUGGCCCAAGUUGGGAGGGCACCUCUGGGAAUGUCACAUUUGCAUCUUCUGCUACUACCUGGAUGGAAGGCACAGGGCAAGUGCCUAGUAGUCUGGUUUACUCAGAUAAUGGUAGUGUAAUGUCUUUGUACAAUAUCUGUUACUACGUUCUGUUGGCCUCCCUCUCAGUCAUGUCUCCAAAUGAGCCCUCUGACAAUGAGGAGGAGCAGGAAGGCUCCUCAGAUGACAAGUAUAGGCUAUGUGAACAGUUCAGAAACAAUGCAAGUCCAUGAACUCACAGGCCACUAAUGGCCCAUAAAAGUUGCCAUUUUCUAAUGAGAAACACAUUUUUGGUCUUAAUAAAGAAAAACAAAAUUCCAUGGAAAUAAAUAAUAAACAAUUUAAAUGAGAA